AUAGUGCCCUCUGUAGGCCGCACGCUUUAAGACGUCAGCGCCUACGUGAGCAGGGCAAAGGUGAAAUCAGUAAUGAAGAUUCCGCCACCGUAGCAGCUUCUGUCACUGUCGCAGUUGUUUAUUUCUUUAAGGAGUCUUUCAGGAGAGGGUAAAACUGGAAGUCAUGGCACGCCUAGUAGCAAUCUGCAGGGAGGGGGAAGAGGAAUACCCAUUUCUGGCAAGACAGAUCCCCCUGUAUAUCGAUGAAACACUCACGAUGGUAAUGGAGUUUUCUGACAGUGUAAUGGAUGUUGACAGUCACGAAAUAAACACUUCACACUUGAAACAGUUUUCUGAGUAUCACUCCAAGUUGAAGCAGCAGGACUUGAAUAUUGCCCUGAUGGUGGCAUCCAGAGAGGUGUACAGUGUACUAGCUCAGCUGGUGCCAUGCGUGGGCUGCAGACGAAGUGUGGAGCGUCUCUUCUCACAUCUCGUGGAAUCGGGAAACCCAGCCCUGGAGCCCCUCACCGUGAAACCCACAGGCAUGCUCUCUGUCACCAAGACAUGUUUGGCAGAUGUGAAGAAACUCUACACGCUCUUCUACGUCCAUGGGGCUAAAUUGAAUGACAUGAUUGACGCUAUUCCGAAAAGUAAAAAGAACAAACGCUGCCAGUUACACUCCUUAGACACACACAAGCCGAAACCUCUAGGGGGAAGCUGGAUGGAUGUGUGGGAGCUGAUGUCUCAGGAGUGCAGAGAUGAAGUGGUACUGAUUGACAGUGCCUGUCUUCUUGAGACGCUGGAGACAUACUUGCGUAAACACAGGUUUUGCACAGACUGUAAAAAUAAAGUGCUGAGGGCAUAUAACAUCUUGGUUGGGGAGGUGGACUGCAAUAAAGAGAAGGGGUACUGUGCUGCGCUGUAUGAGGGACUGUGCUGUUGCCCCCAUGAACGCCACAUCCACGUCUGCUGUGAAACCGACUUUAUCGCUCAUCUCCUCGGCAGGGCAGAGCCCGAGUUCGCAGGAGGAUACGAACGCAGAGAGAGACAUGCAAAAACCAUUGACAUUGCACAAGAGGAAGUCCUGACCUGUCUGGGUAUUCAUCUCUAUGAGCGGCUCCACAGAAUCUGGCAGAAACUCCGAGCCGAGGAGCAGACCUGGCAGAUAUUGUUCCAUUUGGGAAUUGAUGCACUACGUAAAAGUUUUGAGAUGGCAGUGGAGAAGAUGCAGGGCAUCAGCCGGUUGGAGCAGUUUGUCGAGGAGCUGUCUGAGGAGGAGAGAGCCAAAGAACUGAAGCAGGAGAAAAAGAGGCAAAAGCGAAAAAAUCGACGCAAAAACAAGUGCGGAUUUGAUAUAUCUGAACAGGAGGGAGAGGACAAGGAGAAGAAUCUUGAUGAGGGUUCUCUUGAGUCUGUGGAGAGCAGUUGCAAGGUCUGUGGUAGCCACGAUGAGGAGGAUGAAGCCGGCUGUGAUGAGACCGUCGCCACCAAUAGGAGCACUUCCUGUCGUUGCCCAGACAACACCAAACAAGAUUUGUCAGCACACAGCAAUGGAAGUGACUGCGGCUACUCCUCAAGUAUGGAAGGCAGUGAGACAGGAUCGCGAGAAGGCUCUGACGUCGCCUGCUCCGAGGGAAUCUGCAACCACGAUGAAGCUGGAGAUGACCCAAACCUUCAUCACUGUGCUGAAGACAAGGAGGAGGAUGGAAUAGACAGCUGUGUUGACUGCUGGCCGCACUCUGAGGAAAACGAACAGUGCAAGAGUAAAAAGAAAAAAAGAAAGGGCAAGGGGUUCUGUAGCGAUGAGGCUCAGAAGGGUGAAGGUUUCAUGUCAGAUGGGAACACAACAGGCCACAGUCCGCCUUCAACGCACACAUGUCGAACCAAAGAAAUCUUUUCCACCUUAUGUGGCGAUACAUUUGCCAGUAUUGCACUACGGUUACCGUGGACUGUACAUCAGAAAAACCUCAGCCUUCACAUGAGGCCUGCAAUGGCAAAUAUAAGUCUUGUAGAACUUCUGGAUGAUUCAGAAGUGACUUCCGAUGAAGAGAAUUGUCUCACGCAGGAUGAAAUCCAGGCGUUUCUAGAAAGAAACCAGUCUUUCUACAACAACCGCCACCAGUACCGACAGCUCCUGAAAGAGAAAUUCACCAACUACUGCCGUGCCACUGAGCGGAGUAAGCCAGUCUGUGGAAAGUGGUUUGCCACAACUAGUGUCAACUAACUAACUGCACUAAUAAAUCUUCCUACUGGGGGAGGAAAAAAAAAACACUCAUGACCACUGCUGCAACAUUGUUAGAAAGAUUUCUUGGAGUACCUUUUGUGUCUUGUUCAGUCACUUCUCCUUUAUGUGAUUCUUAUCUUUGUCAUCUCUUUCUCUCUUUUGCACACCAACACACGUCUCAUUUCUUGGACACUUACUUACCUGUAGCUCUCUUUGACCAAGCUUAGCUAUUUGUUGGUCUUCUCUGGGGGAAAUCAGGGUAAGCACAGUGGAAUUAAUAAUCAAGCUUUGCAAGCUGUGACGGUAGGGAUAAAGUUUAGGAAUCUUAUUUUAUGUUUGGUUUUGUUGGGGGGGGGGUUCCCUUUCUUUUUUUUCUACUUUGUUUCUCUUUGGUGACACCUCAGUGUAGUGACGAAAGUUGUACCUUUAAAUGUGUACAGAAAUUCUAAAUAUGAAAUUUUACAGAGAAUAAACAUCCAUUUAUAAAAAUGAUUUGGGUGUGACAUUAAAGCGCAAUGUGCAGACUUUACUAAAUAAAGAUUAUUUAUUAAUAUGCAGUAUA